AUGAAAGACCGUAGGAGACGCAACGCCGUCGUUUCAUGGAGCGCGCUCUUUUGGUGCACCCUCCUCCUCGUCUUUUCCACCAUCAUCUUCACCACCCUAAUCUUCUCUCCCUUCAUCACCACCUUCUCUCACCCAUUCAAAUGGAUCAAAACAACCACUACCAACUCUCGCGCCACAAUCACAAUCCGCGAAACCGUUAUUCUCCCCGACCAGGCUCUGAUUUUCCUAAACUACCCUCCAUCUUUCCGCUUGUACACCAAACAUGACCUUUCGUGUGUUUACUUCUCCCCUGACGAUGACUCGUCGUCUCGAGGGGUAACUCAGCCGCCGAUUCAGCUUCACCUCGCGCGCCUCCGCGAGCAGAUCGUGCGGUGCACGCUCCCUCCACGUGGCGGCACGGUGUCGCUUCUCAUCAAAUCGAACGGCGUUGUCAUUCCGAGGCAGGACUCGUCGGGGUCCACUCACGAGUGGACCCCACUGGUCUACGAUGCCCUCUUUGACCGUGACAAUACCACCGUCGCGUUCGUGAAGGGCCUGAAUCUCCGACCAGAGAAACUCAUGGAACCGUCCAGAUUUCAGUGCAUCUACGGCUGGGAUUUCACAAAGCCCAAGUUCCUUUUAAAAUCUGAUGUCGUAUCCGCUGCACAGGAAAUUAUAAGGUGCAAAACACCAAAAAGCAUUUUAAUAGGUAAGGCCCAAGCCCAAGACAUUAAAGUGACCAUCCAUGCGAAAGACAUGGGAGUAUUCCCUUCUAUCGCCAGGCCCGGGCUUCGUCUGCAACACACCACACCAAAGCAAAAAGCCCAUGAGAUGUGUAUCUGCACCAUGCUUCGCAACCAGGCCGGUUUCAUGAAAGAGUGGGUAAUGUACCACGCCAAAAUCGGAGUCCAACGUUGGUUCAUUUACGACAACAACAGCGAUGAUGACAUAGAAAACGUGAUUUCUUUCCUACAAAGCGUUGGUUACAACAUCUCCCAACACCUUUGGCCUUGGGUUAAGACCCAAGAAGCUGGGUUUGCGCAUUGCGCCCUACAGGCCCGAUCCUCGUGCGAUUGGGUUGGGUUCAUCGACGUGGAUGAAUUCUUCAAUGUGAAAAUUAAAGGGGGCAUGCACGGUGUGAUUUGGCACCAUGCAAAGCCCGGAAGCAAUGUGGGUGAAAUUAGGACACCGUGUUACAGUUUUGGGCCUUCGGGCCUACGAGAAGUGCCGAAGGAAGGGGUGGCAGUGGGGUACACGUGUCGAUUGGCAGCACGUGAGAGGCACAAGAGCAUAGUGAGGCCUGAGGCGCUGAACCAAAGUUUAAUCAAUGUGGUGCACCAUUUUCAUCUAGGUGCACCAUUUGUGACCGUGGAUGUGGAGAAAAGUGAGAUGAUGAUUAACCAUUACAAGUACCAAGUGUGGAAAGUGUUUAAGGAGAAGUUCUAUAGGAGGGUGGCGACAUAUGUGGCGGAUUGGCAGGAAGAGCAAAAUGUGGGGUCCAGGGAUAGGGUUCCCGGUUUGGGGACCAAACCGGUCGAACCGGCUGAUUGGGCUAACCGGUUUUGUGAAGUUAGGGAUAACGGGUUGAGGAAUUGGGUUUUGAGGAAUUUAGAAGACCGACGCACCCGUCUUUUGCCUUGGCAAUCAGAGUUUGAGCAUCAUCUUAGAAAGAGGCGAAGGCGAAAGGAAAAAAAACCUUUUAUGAUACAACCAUUAUUCUAA